AUGGCUCAACUCACGAAUGGCCAUGGCAAUGGUACCAACGGGAUCACUGCCCAUGUCCGUGGCUGUCAUCUUAUCGGCAGCGUUCCCCUUCCGGACACUGAAUCGGUCUUCCGCAGCUUGACAGCUCUGCUCCCCAACCGAUUGAGACGUAUCACAGAUGGCGAAACUGGCAAGCGCCAAGGAUUCACCACCUUCCAGGCCGAGGUCUUCGCAGCAUACCCGCCCAUGCUGACGGAAUUCACCCACAACGCUCCAAUUCAAGACAAGCCCUUCACGCCAGAGCAAGUGGAGGACGGCAUCGCGAUAUUGAAGAAGGCUGGCAUUCGGACGGGUUAUGACGAUGCUGCAAUCGAGAGCUAUGCCACCUUCCGCAAGCUGCGAGACGAGGGUGUCAUCCCCAAGGGCGUCAAAUUCCAAGUCUGCAUGCCGACAGUCGCCAAUGUCAUCUCUCCCUUUACGCAGAGAGCUUUCCAAGCUCAAGUGGAGCCGGUGUACGAAGAAGCCUUCUUCAAGGCUCUCCGGAGGAUUCAGGAUUCGAUCCCACACGAAGACUUGGCAAUCCAGGUCGAUGUGGCGCUGGACACGGCCUUCUGGGAGGCCACGAACCCACGGACCAGGAGGGAGAACAGUGGGCUGGAGUGGUUCCAGCCGUGGUGGAAAGGAGAUGUGAAGCAAUACCAGACCGACUACCUCGUCCGAUGGGCUGCUCAGAUCGAUGCGGAUGUCGACUUUGGAAUGCACAACUGCUACGGUACGCGAACAAGAUACAUUGUGGUUCACAAUUUCCUGACACUCUGACCAGGUGACAUGGAACACAAGCACUGGCACGAGCCUACUUCGCUCGCAGUCGUGGUCGAGCGCGCUCAGAUGUUCAUGAAAAGCACCAAGCACAAGAUCAAUUUCUUCCACUGCCCCGUUCCCAAGAGCGCCGAAUCUUUCAUCGACGCUUACCUGGCUCCUCUCAAGGAGUUGGUUCCCCUCUUCGAGCAGCACGGAACGGAGGUCUACCUGGGCUUGGUCCAUGAACACCAGCCCGAGCUGACCCGCAAGUACAUCCAGGCCGCUGCCAAGGUCCUUCCCGACGGCUUCGGCAUCGCGGCAGAGUGCGGCGGCGGCCGGAUGAAGUGGGAAGAUUUCGAAGACAUGUUGAAGAUUUCCAAGGAAGUGUCGGAGCCUGUGCUGGCGGAGAGAGGUUUGUGGAAGUUGUGA